ACCUCUUAGAAUGACGUGUGAAGCUAAAAAGUAAAAAUUUGUCAAUAUGGCAGCAGACAGAACCCCACUCUUCAAAGCAUCAAUUAAAACAGUUCGGACAAGAAAUAAAGCUCUUGGAGUUACCAAAGAUACUUCUAAGUCAUCCCUCUUGAGUCAUGCAAAACCCAUGAAAGAUGAUUUUGCUUUAAAGGCAAAAGAAGUGGUGAUCACAAUCUCCAAGCUGAAAGAUUUUUUGCUUGAACACAGGAAGCAGUACAUCAAUGCUGCAAGUCAUCUUGUAAAUGAUGGCUGUCACAUGUCAGAUGCUGAGAGAGAUCAGAUAGACUCAGACGCCCAGGAUUUUAUGCGAACAUGUACAGAUACGAUAAGGUUGCUUAAGGCAGAAGCUCAUCGUCAGAAUGUCCCUUCCCAAGUGAGACAACAUAGAGAAGCAGUCUUUGAACUCAUCAAUGAUUAUCUGAAAGGUGUAUGUAAGCUGUACAGUGAACAGAGGGCAAUCAGAGUGAAGCGUGUUGUUGACAAGAAGCGCAUAUCAAGACUGAGACAGGAAGGACCUUUAGCUCGGUUGAAUCAACCUGUUUCUAGCAAGGGAGAAGAGAAAGUCAAAAAAAACCCAGCAUUUGACCCGAAUCUAACAAGUCCAGAAGGAGAAGAAGAUGAUGACCUCUCACCAGACGAGAUAAGAAUGUUUCAACAAGAAAAUGAAAGAUUAUUCAAUGAUAUGAACUGCCUUGUGGAUGAAGUAAGACAAAUCGAGGGCAAAGUCGUUGAGAUUGCACAACUCCAGGAGAUUUUCACUGAUAAAGUCCUCCAACAGGUAAUAUUGAUCUUUUAAUAACCAUGGCUACUACCUUCCACUCCCUUCCUUAUCUGCUGUUUGAAUCAAGGUCAUAUUCCUUCUCUUCUCCUGAUGUGUGUAAGAUUCUUUUUAGGGCCGUCUGCACCAUCCCGAGUUUUCAAAUUAGCGCGCUAUUUCUGAACCGACAAAUUAUCCCGAUCUGAACAAUCUCGAGAUCAUUUGCAAUGGAGACGCAAUUAUCGCGCUAGUUCGUAGGAUUAAUCUCGAGAUUGCAAUCCCAAGUCAACUUGGGAUUAUUUGCAAAAUAGCACGCUAUUUUACGAAUUAUCGCGCUAUUUCGUAGGUGCAGACGCACUCGGGGUUAUUUAUUCACGGCGUCAGACCAUAAUGCAUCGAUGCCUCGCUCGAGCAGGAAUCGCUCUUCUUGCCAUGGUGUAGACGGGGUUUCUUGAAUCUCGAGAUUAAUCGUGAAGAGGGCCGAUGGGGCUAAAAUCUCAAGAUUGAGCAAACUCGGGAUGGUGCAGCACCGCCUUUUGUCUCUUUUCACACGUUUCAUCAAUAAUGAUCGCAUUAUCAUUCUGGUAUUUGUCACAAAAUCUGUAAGUAGUUCAUGUGUGGGAGUAUUUUAUUAAUUUUUUUUUGGGGGGGGGUGUGUCUAAUUUGCGAAAAGACUAGGUGUCACCGCCAACGCAAAAUUAUCACCUCUUGACCUUUAUUCACAAGUUUAUCAUAAUCAGUGAAAUCACAAAAAAUACUAAGCAAAGUGGUAGAUUAUGCCACGAGCAGCAUUUUUCAGAUUUUCAUGACAUUCAAGAUCCAGUUGGAAAGGGGAGGGGAAGAAGGGGGGGGGGGGGGCUCCCAGGACCUCUCUCUGUCCCAGUCAUAUGAUCUACUGAAAUAUCCUAGCUUACAUGCAGUGAGGGUUAAGUAUCUCUCAGCUGAUGAUGUGUAUUAAACAAGAGGUUAAUCGUAGUUGCAUAUUUCUUUUGCUUUUAUUAACAAAUUUGAUUUUGACGUUUGAGUUCAAAACUUGGGACAUGUGUUGGAUUCUAGUUUUCUUUAUAAUUACACUGUGCAGUGUGUACCUUAUCUGUCUGUGCUCAUUCUUGUAUGGGUGUGAGGCUAGGGUUCGAAAGAUAGCUAGUUGAAUCAUGAUUUUCAUGAAAUAUGACAUUAAAAAAAAAAAAAAUUAAU